AUGACGAUACUGGAUCUUUUGAACGACGAUUUGGUAGAGGAGAUACUCUGUCGCGUUCCGGCCACUUCCCUGAAACGGUUACGAGCUACUUGCAAACGAUGGAACCGUUUGUUCAAAGAUGAUAGGAGAUUCGCGAGUGAGCACUGCGAUAAAGCCCCAAAGGAGUUUCUCAGUCUCUUCUCGACAGCGAAGUUCAGGAUUUGUCCGUUGAGCAUCAAUGUUCCUCCUCCAUCUGUAGAGGUAAAAAGAGAGCUUAGCCUUCCUGGUCCGUAUUUUAACAAUUUGCUCCAGUUCGAUAUAGCUGAAGUCUUUCACUGCGACGGCUUAUUGUUAUGCUCCACCGAUUGCGACCCUAAAAUAGUGGUUUGGAACCCGUUUACUGGUCAAACUAGGUGGAUCGAAGUCGGCAUUGAUCGUUGGUUUACACUUAAAAAAUUAGUUCUCGGAUACUACUACCAAGACAAGAACAAUAAGAACAAGGCUUGCAGUAAAAGAAAAAGCUACAAAAUUUUGUGCGUUGAUUAUGCUCAUGAUGGAGAUCAUGGAAUCUACGAGCUUAACUCUUGUGAUUCGUGGAGGAGGAUUCCUGAUGGUGAUCUCAUUCCACCAGGCUGGUCCACUGAUUGCUCUCGACACGCCGUGUUUUUAAAGGGAAGUGCUUACUUUUUGGCUAAUGAGAAAUCAAAACCGCAUCUUCUUGGCUUGUCAUUGCUCAGAUUUGAUUUUUCUACUGAGAAAUCAUCUCUAUUUGUGCCUCUUCCCUAUCAGUGUCCAGAGUAUGAAGUUUUGAGUCUUUCCGUUGUUAGAGAAGAGAAGCUUUCCUUGUUUUUACAGCCCGAUGAUGCAUCCAAGGCUGAGAUAUGGGUGACGAGUAAGAUUGAUGAGACCACCAAAGUGAAAGCGGUGUCCUGGAGCAAGGUCUUUGCAUUCGAUUUGAGCCCUGAUCUUCANAUUUAG